GGAGGGGCGGGGGAGGGGCCCGGAGCGGAGAACGUUGGCCCCCGCCGGCCAACCGCAGGAGACAAACGGGCGCCGGGUCACAGAGGCGGGCGGGCUGAGCUCACAAUCCCACAACAAUCCCGCUGAGCGGCAUGGAGAAAGGGGCGCAGGAGGAAACUCCCCGGGAGCCGGCCCGCCUCCUGCUGCACCCCGCGGCCUGGCAAGGCGCCGCCCCGCGCCUCGACCGCCUCCUCCUGCAGCCUCUGCCCGGACCGGCCAACCGGGAGGCACCGGCGCUGCUCUUCUUCCCCGCCAAGCCGCCCCCGACGCCACGAAAGGAUGGCGAGGCGGGCGGGGGGCAUCAGCAGGCCUCCCUGGCCGUCCCUUGUGCCGAGGGGAAGGAGGCCAAGGGCCCGCAAGUGAAGGCAGAAGAGCAAGAGGGCUCCGGAGGAGGAGGCGGCGGCACCGGCAGCAAGAAGAAAAGGGCGGAGCACAAGGCUGCCGCGGGUCGGCGGGGCGCCAAGGAGGAGGCUGGCCCCGGCGUCAAAGCGGAGGAGGAGGCCCAGGAGGAGGGAGGCUGCCCGGGGAAGGAGGCCGGCAUCAAGACGGAGCUGGAGGAGCCGCCCGCGGGGGGCCUCAAGGAGGAGGAGCCGGAGAUGGCGCCCGAGGCUCGGCCGCUCUCCAACGGGCCCGCCCCCGCCCCGCCCCACAAGGAGGCCCGGCCCAGCCAGCCCCCGGGGGCGCCGCCGCCGCCGGAGCUGAAGAUCCCGCUGACGCUCCACCCGGUCCCGCCCGGGGCCAGGAUCCAGUUCCAGGGCCCGCCUCCGCCCGAGCUCAUUCGGGUCACCAAGGUGCCCGUGACACAAGUGCCCCUCAAAAUGCAGUCCCUGCUGGAGCCCUCCGUCAAAAUUGAGACGAAAGAUGUGCCUCUCACAGUGCUGCCCUCAGACGCAGGCAUACCAGAUACUCCAUUUAGCAAAGACAGAGAUGGUCAUGUCAAACGUCCUAUGAAUGCAUUCAUGGUUUGGGCAAGGAUUCACCGGCCUGCUUUAGCCAAAGCUAAUCCUGCUGCCAAUAAUGCAGAAAUAAGUGUUCAACUUGGAUUAGAGUGGAAUAAACUCACAGAAGAACAGAAGAAACCUUAUUAUGAUGAAGCUCAGAAGAUUAAAGAAAAACACAGAGAAGAAUUUCCUGGCUGGGUUUACCAACCACGUCCAGGCAAAAGGAAGCGGUUCCCAUUAACGGUAUCCACUGUAUUCUCCGGCACUACUCAGAAUAUCAUUGCUACAAGCCCAAUGACUGCCUCCACUGUCUUUACUGGAACAUCUCAGAAUAUUAUUACUACAAAUCCAACUACUAUUUACCCUUUCCGAUCACCCACCUACUCUGUGGUGAUACCGAACGUGCAGAACAGCAUUGGACACCCAGUCUGUGAAGCCCCUUCUACUAUCCAGCUGCCAACUCCUUCUGUUCAGCAUCCAGGCCCUAUUACGCUGUUCCAGCCUAAUGUGGGAAGCACAACACCGCUGGCUGCCCCAACGGGAAAUCUUCCAAUUCGCCCAGUGCUUCAGCCUCCACGUUUUGCUGCACCCUCACCAACAGAAGCUCACCAUGUGUCUUCAGGAACAAAUUGCUCUAUAAAGAGACCCAACCAAAUUUCCAUAGAGAGUGCAAGCAGGAACCUGAACAAUACAAGCACUGCACAUUCCAGAUACAGUGUCUCAAAUAGUCAACCCCCUAAGGAGUACUCAGGUGUUUCUUCUUGUUCUAGAAAUGGACCCAUUCCUCAAGCACCACCUCCCAUCCCACAUCCCCAUGUUUAUCAGCCUCCUCCCAUUGGUCAUCCAGCUACUCUGUUUGGAGCAACUCCUCGGUUUUCGUUUCAUCAUCCUUACUUUUUACCUGGACCCCAUUAUUUCCCAUCAAGCACGUGUCCGUACAGUCGCCCUCCGUUUGGCUAUGGGAACUUCCCCAGCUCCAUGCCUGAAUGCCUUGGCUUCUAUGAAGACCAGUAUCAAAAGCAUGAGGCAAUGUUUUCGGCUCUGAACAGAGACUAUCCUUUUAGAGAAUACCCUGAUGAGCACACGCAUAGUGAAGACUCCCGGAGCUGUGAGAGCUUGGAAGGGGCAUCCUAUUAUAGCAGUCACAGUCAGACUGAAGAAGAAUAUUUAAACCCAAUGCCACAGUUGGACAUUGGGGCCCUUGAGAAUGUUUUUACUGCAACUCCAUCCACACCUUCCAGUGUACAGCAAGUCAAUGUGACUGAUAGCGAUGAUGAGGAAGAAGGGAAGGUUUUGCGAGAUCUGUAAUUUAAAAAAACAAAACCAAAUGACAGUAUCUAGCAUACUUUUUUUUAAAAAAAACAUAAAAUAAACUAUGUUGGUCAUAUAACACAAUUUUAGUGAGUGUGGUCAAGAAGAUGUAACAAGCCAAGGUUGCUGUAAAGAUAUUACAACACGGGAGAUUCCAGCAGAGUGCUUCCUUAUAGUAACUGUAUGUUACUCAUUACAUCUUCUUUCAGGUGAAGGCAGCUCAUGUGAUUGUGCAGCUUGUUUAAUAUAUUUUAAGUAGCAAUUUCAUAGACAAUAUGCCAGAUGUUCCUAAUCAAUACUGCACUGAACAAAAAUAGCUGAUCUGUACUGCAGAUUCAGUUUUCACACAGAUAACUUAUAGGCAUGGCAACUCGCACAGUGUCAGUGUGAUACUGGUAAAAUAUACAGUAGCCUUCCCUUAAACCUGGUGUCUUAUAUAAUCAUCAGUGUUAUUAGAGUUACAUACCAUUUAAAGAGGGUCGGGGGGAGCAGAGUUCACUUUCCUAACCCAACAAGAUUUAGCAUUGUACUCCUAGGUGUUAAAGUGGGGGAGGGGAAAUAUAGCGAUCUUUUAAGGGAUUAAAUUAUCUCGUUUGCAUAUUUUGCCAAGAACACAGACUGUUACAUUUCAGACAAGAGAAAGCUUUUACAAUUUUAAUAUUUGUCCUUUGGUUUAAAUAAUAAUAUUUUUUUAAAUGAAAAUAACAUGCAGUUUUAGAAUCCAAUUUAUAUUUAAGAUGAAAACUGUUAUGUAAAGCACCCUCUUAUGGGUUGCAUAUUUAAAAUCCAUAUAAAUUGUACUGUUAAAUGUUUGUAAGAAUAAGUAAAGUUGAAUCUAGCUCUAUGUUGCACACAAGUCUGCUAUGAUUCUGUAUCAGAGUACUAUCAAUAGUCAUUACUCAAACAUACAUUUUUAAAAUGUAGUGUUUGAAAAACAGUUGUAAAAUAUGAAAUAUUCCUAAAGUAUUCUUGUUUUUUUUUAAGAAGGGAAAGGUUGGUAAUACAUUUGUUCCACUUUUGUAACAUUAAAAUAAAAUCACAUGAACUAUG